AGAUUUUUUUUUUAAAGGAUUUAGCUGCUAUAGUAGGAAACGGCAAGAAAAUGCGCUAUUGCCACUGUUUACAAGAACAUCUCUGAUGACUCCUGCUAAUUGUGUCCAGCUCAUCGGCGUUGAUGAUCCAAAAAUGUAGCUGGAAGUAUUUUGAGCAGAAAGGACACGUUUAUUUGUGUCAUAUUUUGACGUCAGUAAGGUUUUUCUUGCACGUCACAGGGAGAUGGAUCUGUCAAGGAGGAGUGACGGCGACUGGCAGGGAAUGGUAAACGAGUUCCUAAUUUGUAAGCGGAAGCUGGAGAGCAAGAAGGAAGCUCUGCUUAUCCUGUCCAAAGAGCUGGAUACAUGCCAGCAGGAGAGGGAUCAGUACAAGCUGAUGGCCAACCAGCUUCGUGAGCGGCACCAAGGACUGAAAAAGAAAUACAGGGAGCUCAUUGAUGGGGAUCUGUCUUUGCCUCCCGAAAAACGGCACCAAGUGAAUUUAGCUCAGUUAUUGAGGGACUCAAGAGAAAAAAGCAACCGUCUCUCUGAUGAGGUGAAGGAGCUGAAGCAACGACUGGCCGAAGCUCAGGGAGACAACAAGCUCCUACGUAUGACUAUCACCAAACAACGACUGGGAGACGACGAGGUAGGCGCUCGCCAUUUCCCAGCGCAUGAACGUGAGGACUUGGUCAAACAAUUGGAAAGAGCCAGAGAGCAGAACGAAUUGCUGGAGCACAGCACAAAGUCUCUCAGCGACGAGCUUCAGGACGUCCGAGCGGAGCGCGACGUGUUUCAGCAGAAGGCUCAUCGCCUCAAUGUGGAGAUGAACCACAUCGUUGGAAAUGUUGACGUUCGGAUUUUGGAUAUCGACGCUCUCUGCAUGGAGAAUAGGUAUUUGCAUGAUCGGCUCUGUCAGCUUACGGAGGAGGUCACCUUGCUCAAGACAAAUCUGGGCAAGUACAAGAGUGCACUGGAAUCCAGGAAGAAUGUCAGAGUCUGCGGGAAGCCGAACAGCAGUGCACUCACUGGGGUGCUCUCAGCCAAACAAGUGAAGGAGCUGCUGUCUGACGAAAGCGGGUGCACGCUGCCCGUCACCGCCCAGUCCAUUUCGGACCUCAAGUCCCUGGCCACCGCUCUCCUGGAAACCAUCCACGAGAAGAACAUGUUGAUUCAGCACCAGCGACAAAUUAACAAGGUUCUUGGAACUCGAGUUGCAGAACUGGAGAAGAAACUCAAAUCAUUGGAGACGUCCGGAUUGUGGAGUCUGCCGGGCCUUACUUACCAUAUCUCAGUGGGCAUAUGCGGAAAGGGAAAAGACAGCUGCAACACUCUGCCACCAGACACAUCAGGGGAGUCAGAGCAAUGUUCAUCAGGACAUCCAAUACAAGCGAGUGAAACGCCAGCAGAACCUCCCAAAUCGUCCCACUCGUCUUUCCCUCCAUCUGAAGAGGAGCCGUCUAAUCCUCCGACGAGAAUCUUGCCAAACAGCCAUGAGCUAUGUGAAGGUCAACAAUCCAAAGAUGACAAGAGUGCAGGUGAUGUUUUCCCCCCUCCAAUAGAUGUGAACACACCCCUUGUGUCAAACACCUCUGAGCGACCAACUGUCACAUCCAACCACACGAGAGAAAAUAAAGAUGAAGUGGGAGCAGAGAACGUUGAAACGGAAUGUAUCAUAAUAGAGGAACAUGUCCAUAUCCCACCAACGGUUCCCUUUGAAAAGGAGCAGGAAAUUCAACAAGAUCAGGAUUUUUUUAUCGGGACAGAUAAUAUGGCAUGUUCUGUUUGAUACUGUCCACUUUCAAGGAUGACAUCCAAAAAACAAUUGUUCUUUCACACUGGCACUGUACAUUCCAGAAGACUUCUAGAGGCUGCUACUUAAUCUGUAUUUUACAGUUUUUAACACAAUUGUGCUUAAAAAGCAGAGUAGUUGCGCUUUGAUCAUUUUAGACAACUGAAUACAUUAGACUACCAAGCAAGCUAACAGGAUUUUCAUGACAGUUUCAUUAUUUUAGUGAAGUGUUAUGAAUGUAUCUGUAGAGUCAAGCACCAAAAUGUGACAAAUAGCCUCUAAGAACUUUUUCAAUAUGGAUUACUUGUAGAAGGAAAACAAAACUAUCAGUUCUACUCAGAAACCACUCCAUCAAGGAUUUAAGGGUUACAUAACAUUUGAACAAGACAAAUGAGAAUGCAUAUUCCCAUAAGCUCAGUCUGGAUCAGAUGUAAUUGAAAUCAGAUUUGUUGGAUUUUUUUUUUUUCCUUCAUUGUGAAGGAUGAAUUUGGUGAAAUGGAUUUUCAAUUUAACCAUUGGAAAAGUAUCCUUGGAGGACAGAAAUCACCACUCAACAAUUCAAAUAGUUGCAUCAGCUGUUUAUUUAUUCACAAGCUACAGAGUGAAACAAAUUGCGAGCACACCAUUUAAAGACUGCGUGUAAGGGACACCAACGGCACUGGAUGAAUAGUUACGACAACUGCCUCAGGAGGGGCACUGUUACAUAUUCCAAUUGUAAGCACUUGUCAUUGUGUGAUGAAACAA